AUGAUGAAAUUCGCCGCCCUCUCUGCUGCCCUUCUUGCUGGCUCCGCCGCGGCCUUUGCGCCUGCUCAACAGUCUGGACGUGGUGUUGUAUCUCUGAAUGCGGAACGCAGCAAAGCCCUUCCUUUCAUGAACCGUCCUCCUCUUCUUGACGGAUCCAUGGCCGGAGAUGUUGGUUUCGACCCCCUUGGUCUUUCCAGCAUUGACGAGGUUGGAAUCGAUCUCUACUGGCUCCGUGAAGCCGAGAUCAAGCACAGCCGUGUUGCCAUGAUGGCCGUUCUCGGAAUGGUCCAAGUCGAGCUUUUCGGACCUGCUCCUGGUUGCGAACCAUGCACAGCCAAGAACCAAGUGGAUGCCUUCGGGCAAUUCUGGGACUUGCACCCACAAUACAUUGCCUUCGGCGUCAUCUUCAUUGGAAUUGUUGAAAUGAUCUCCGGAAUCGCCACCACAAGUGGACGAGAGAGUGGAGAACGUGAACCUGGUGACUUUGGAUUCGACCCUCUUGACUUUGGAUCUGGUGAUCCCGCCAAGUUCGAGCGCCUGAAGGCACAAGAAAUUGCCAAUGGACGUCUCGCUAUGUGGGCUGCUGCUGGAGAAAUCAUGCAAGGAAUGACCACAGAUGAGGGUGCCGUUGGAAACUUGGUUUCUUCCUUGAAGGAUAACGCCUUCUAA